AUGGAAGGCUUGUGGUUGGUUUUAUUAACAUCCUCUGCAAGUGUUGCGGUUCAAGGAUUUAAGAAUUUCUUAUCAGAUCCAGACUUAAAGUUCCGAAAUUUCGCAACGAAGAUUGAUGGGCGAAGACUCAAUGGAAGCUUCUUCAAAGAGUUCAAUGUGACAUCAGAAAUAUUUUGUCAAAUUGAAUGUGUGGCUGAUAGCCGAUGUUCCUCCUACAACUUACGUCCGAUCUUAGGCAUGGAGAUGUUCGUUUGUCAGCUCAAUCAGGGAGAUAGAUUCAUGGGCCAUCAAAUUUUUACAGAAGAAGAUGGCGCAAUAUAUAGAGGAAUACAGGUCAGUAAUAAAGCAAGGUUAUGUAAUAUUGUAAUACAGUUGAACCUCCACGUGCGACCACCUUCCCAAAACACCAAAAAUCUUCUCAGUCAAAGCGUUAUAGCUGAGACCUGUCGUAAACGACCACCUCUCGUAGGCGACCGCGACCACUUUUUCUGCUUUUCACCCUCGGUAAGCGACCACUUAACACAUGUCUUACUAAACAGUGAAGUACAUUGUAAAAAUGGACCAAAAGGAAUUUAUCUUUGGCUGUCAUUAUUGUCUACACAUCUAUUACUGUGUUUAUUAGUUCGAUCUAUAACUACAGUAUUAACCAUUACCCUUGAAAAAAGUCUGGGUAGUAUAGAAUACCUAGCCAGUGAAACAGGGACUUUUCUUGGGGAAUUAAGCUCCAUGGUUGAGCGAGAGGUGCCCUGGUACCGGUAUCAAGUGAAUCCUUACUUCUUUCAGGAACAUGUCGUUCUAUUGCUGAUCUUGACUUGUUCAGGUACAGGCAAAACUUCAAGCUUUUCCUUUUUUUUUAGAGCAUCUGUCAAAGAGAAUCACCUUGUGCCGAAGAUGAGAUAUGCAUUCCCGACUACGAAGAUGAUGCCAAGCAUUUCUGCAAAUGUGUCGGUUCAGGUAAGGCGUCCAGACAAAUCUGGAUUAAUCCGAAAACGCAUCUUUUUACAUUUUCUCCAGCUAGGUCUACUGUUCACACUGAAAUGGUAUUUUUGGUAAAGAAAACCUAGCGGUCCUCAGGUUAGUGAAAUUUUAACCGCCUGCUGCUGUAGUUGUUGGAGUAGUUUUGUUGUUAUCGCAUAGAUCCAAAACGACUAUGAGGGCGAGAAACUCCAUUUUCAAUUUAUCGUUGUUAGCGUAAAUGUUAUCAAAGCUUCAAUUAAUUUAGCACAAAGUAAACUGUUCUCCAAGUGCUGAGACAGUGCCCAGGAGUAACAUUGCCUGUCUAAUCAGCACUUACGCAAUUAGGCACAAUUAAGACGUAAUCGUCACAGUUUUUAUUCAAGACGAAAGGUUUACAGAGCUCAGUAGAAAUACUUGCAUUGUUUCUUCAAUUUAAAGCCAAAAAAAUAUAAGAUAUUUAUGGGCGCAGUGAUCUCCACCCUUCACUCCUUCAUUCGAGUAAUUUUUGGUUAUUCAAUGUUCGUACAAUUUGAUAGAAGGUGAUAAGAGUAUUGAUUCCCUUUUCUCCUCUCUUGCACUCUUAGCUUAUUUAUGAUCUUUAGUGCUUUUUAGCACUGUUUUGAAGCACAAUAGGACUACCGCAAAAGAACCAAAUCUGUUCAGUAACUUUUUUAAACAAGCUAAUUAAGGCAUAGAAUGUCUUGCUGGCUUCAGUGAAUAGAUCAUGUUUUUUAAUGCAGAAUGCUUUCGCCCAAGACAUUGUCACGAGCUUUACUUAAAUGGUUCCACGACUGAUGGAGUGUACUUGGUUUACCCUGACAACGAAGAACCCAUUAAAGUGCUGUGUGACAUGAAAACAGAGGGCGGUGGAUGGACAGUCUUUCAAAGACGAAUGGAUGGAUCAGUGGACUUCUACUUGGGAUGGGAAGACUACAGAGUGGGAUUUGGAAAUCUGAACGGGGAGUUCUGGUUAGGGAAUGAUAAUCUUCACCGUCUGACUGCAAAUGCUGAUAUGAUGCUCCGAGUUGAUUUGGAGGAUUACGAUGGUGUCCGAAAAUAUGCCCAGUACACGACAUUCUCUGUAGCUGACGCGGACGACAACUAUCGACUGACGAUUGACGGAUAUAAUGGCACCGCGGGUGAUUCGAUGGUCGUGUGUGCUAAGCCAGCUAAGUAAGUACGUAGGGAUAUAAUUAAGGUGGCUCGAUAGGGUUUUUCAGGGUCAAUACCUCCCAAGUUUGAGCAUAAACUACGUCACCUUUUUACAAAAAUUUGGAAAAUUUCCAUCACAGCUGUAUUAGAUAAAGAUGAAAAUUUGUUAUGAUCAGGGUUGCAAUGACAUCUAGUUCACAUAGCAACGAAAUGACGCCAUUGCCUAUUUUACUUGCAGCCGUAUUUUUCGGCACUGGGAACUGUUGUUCCAAAAUCGUUAACGGGAGAGUUUUCGUCCAAUAGCCGCCUCGAUAUAUGUUCGCGAAGUGUAAGCGAAAUUUAUAAGAGCAUUAUCGAGAUAUUUGGGAUGAAGUUUUUAUGGUUAGAAAUACGGAAAGAAAUGGACAAUCUUGAUGUUCGACCGUUAUUUGUAGAAAACAAAGCGCUUGAAAGGCAAUUUCACCUCAUAGUAGUUUCAAUCUUUUUAAAAACGUGUGUGAGAGAUACGUAGAGAUCAUGGAGAUAGCUCUAACUGAUUGCUAGAAGGAAGGAUUUUAUUCAGUAUGUAUCGAGGCGCUCUGGUUAGCGGUUUUGUGAACCUUUUGAUCUACUUUAACAAAUAAGCGAAACCGCAAGAAAGAUUUUUUUUAAAUUUGAGAUUCUCUAGGGAAUGAGUAACCGCGAGCGACCUGGACCGUCUGAAAAUCAGGCUACAUUUUCGCGGACAGAGAGCUUUUAUUGAGUGCUGAAUAAGAGAAGUUCGCUGCCGCCUUCAAAGGCAAAAACUCGCUUCUCUGCUCCCUAUGUCUAGCAAAGCAGAGCACAGACUAAACACAGUUUUCAACGAGCAUUCAUAGUGUUAUUAUGAAACUAGGAUGCAAAUGCCGUGUUUCCUCAUACUAAUUUUCCCUUAAAAAUGGAUACACACCUAAGGAAAAAUUGCAAUAUUGAUGGGCUUUUCUCGCAUCAACUACAUCUAAUCAGAAAUUUUUUCGCCAUUACAUUAUGACCCCACCUAAGAGAAAACGGGGAAAAUCAAAGGCGCUUCUCGGUAAAGCCAAUCUUCGAGGCAAGUUAGAUGCCAUCUUGGAAUGGUAUGAACUGCAAGUUACCGGAACUAUAGGGCGCUCAUUGGCCAAAAUUCAAUGAAAGAACAUCCGUUAUUAUGAUUACGACACACAAUGAGCGUAUUACAAGCAUAAUCAUAAGAAAACGACCGAUCAUUUUCUAAAGAUUAUGAUAUUGUUGAUAACAAACGUCUUUAUGAAUAUGAUUUUAUACUUUGACAUAAUAACCGACAUAAGCCCCUCCCCCCUAAUGACUAAGAUUAUGUUCGUUAUAUAGGUCACUCAUGGAACCAGCUAGAAGCUAGAAACUUUGCACAUGUAGCACACUUUUUGGAACAUUUCUUUGCAAUCGUGGAGUAACGCCUUAUUUCACGUCGUGUAGAGGAACGUUUGCAAACGACUUCAAAUUUCUCUUUUCCUUUUAAACUUGGAUUUUGUUUUAAGAAAUUCAACUCUAGGAGAGAGAGUUCGCCUACUUUUGGCGUAACUAAACGCAGAGCUCAGUCGAACUCACUGAACCCGUUUAAAACUUUUAAACGAAGAACGGGAAUUCAGAACGUCAGUGAACUGAUAGAAGCUCAUACAAUGCUUCCAGUGGCGGAUCCAAGGGAGGGGCCGGGGGAGCGGGCGGCCUCCCCUUAUUUUUAGACCAAAAUGAGGCGCGAAGGGCAGAAAAAAAUUUUUUUGAGACCAGGACCCCCCCUUAUCUCAAGGUCUGGAUGACUGCCCCCCCCUAUCUGAAGGUCUGGAUCUGUCACUGGCUUCUUAUACAGCUAUGCUGUUUAUACGCAGCUAUUGCGGCACCUGAAAAAAGACCGAGAGGUUACAACUGUAUUUAAGAUCUCUCCUAACAAAUUACCCACCCAAUCUAUACCAAGAUCAAUGGGUUCGAUGAGUGGUCGCUGUCAAAGAAUCGUUAUUGACCUAUCGUGCCUCUGGGUCCCAUAUACAGUUAGAUUUAAUGAAAACACUGUGACAGGACCUACAAGUUUAGAUUUAGUCCUUUUCUGAGAAGACUGGAGAGUGUACAUAUUUUUGAAAGUCGAGCAAAGCUAUAGCUCUUUCGCCUCCUUUCCUCAAUUAUUUGAAGCCCCAAAUGCCGAAGGCCGAAAAUCGAACCAGGGUCUACCGCAACACAGUCAUGCAUACAGACCAGCUCGAUAAGUUGCUUUUCAUAUGAAAAAGUAAAUUUUAACGUUAAAAACUUGUGUUAGUUUUGUAUGAGUUUUCCAGUGUAAUGAAUCAUAAAUCAGAAUGGAUAUAAUAUCGCGGUUGUUGAUUUUGUAAUGAGAAUUGUGUUUUAACAACCAUCGAUAUUUCUUUAGGAACAUGAUGUUUACAACGCAAGAUAGAGACAAUGAUGUGAAUUCUGGAGCAAAUUGUGCGGUUUCGUACAAAGGAGGAUGGUGGUACAAUAAGUGCCAUUGCGCUAAUCUUAAUGGAUUGUACCAAGGAGGUUUACACGCACAAGGCGUCGCGUGGUCCUCAUUGAGAGGCCUUGGGUAUUCCUUUAAACACGCAGAGAUGAAAUUUCGGCCUAAUUAA